AAGAAUUAUUUGCAGCCGAUGGAGGACUUUCGUAUGAAUCAUAUCUUGAGGUAGAACAGGGUUACAAAUGGUACGGCAAGUUUAACUAUGAAAAUGGCUGUCGAAUAAAGGAUUUUUUAGGAACGUUAUGACUACUGAGGUUCCUAGCUCAAUGCCCAAAACUGACUUCAGCCAUUUAUUAUUUCGUCAUCACUCACAAAAUAGAAGAGAGAAACACCAUAUUUCCCAUGGCUUGCGUGUGGGCUCUUCUCUUGCUCCUUUCUUCUCUCUGCGUGAAGCAGUCAAGCAGCAUCAUUUCGCUGGGAUCUUCGCUUUCCUCGGCCACUCAAUCCAUCCCAUGGCGUUCGCCUUCUGGUCGCUUUGCAUUUGGCUUUUACAGUCAAGGCGGUGGCCUUUCUGUUGGAGUUUGGUUAGAUGGCAGAGGAAAGAACGAUAACAAAGUUGUAUGGACAGCGAAUCGUGAUGAUCCGCCGCUCACUUCGAAUGUGACUCUGAUAUUAAAUGACAAAGGUGUGCUUCUUUCGAUCGCUGUGAGCGGAGAAAAGAAAUUUAUUGCUAAUCCAAACAAUUCGGCUGUCAGUGUCUUCUCUGCCUCCAUGCUAGAUUCAGGCAAUUUUGUGCUCUACGACAAAGACAAUCAUACCAUUUGGGAGAGUUUCGAGCAUCCUACAGAUACCCUUUUAGGUGGUCAGACUCUAUUAACUAAUCACGAGUUGAUCUCCAGUUCGUCAGAGAAUGAUCACUCACCUGGAAGGUUUCAUCUAAGUAUGCAACUAGAUGGGAAUCUCGUUCUAUACCCUCUACAGUCCGAAGAUUCCCCUAUAACUGCCUAUUGGAGCACAAAAACUUUUGGAAUGAACUUGUCGCUCCGCCUUUUUCUUAGCGCCACAGGCCUCCUCGAACUCAUCAACAACGAUGAUUCGUCCAUCUACGACACAAUUAAUCGUUCCUUUUUUCCAGAGCCAACCUACAAUGACUACAACGAAAGCAGCAUCAACAACAACAACAGUACUGUUUUCAGUGCAAGCCUUGAUGUUGAUGGGAAUUUCCGGUUAUAUGCUUAUCUGUUUCAGCGAAAUGGUGGGUUUCAGACUUAUCCACUGUUGAGUGCGUUGUUAAAUUCCUGUAAAGUUAAAGGCUUUUGUGGUUUCAACAGCUAUUGCACAUUUAAUGAUAACCAACCUUACUGUGCAUGCCUUCCCGGGACUGAUUUUAUUGAUCCUCUUCAGAACAACCUCGGCUGCAAGAGAAAUUAUUCUGAAGCACACUGUAAAGGAGGGAAGGCCAACAUACCCUUUUAUAACAUCACUUCAAUGCAAGGUAUUGUAUGGACUACGGGCAGAUUUUACAGUAAAGAGCUAUUGUCCAAGGAUGCGUGCAGCCGAACAUGUUUGGAAGACUGCAAUUGUGAGGCAGCACAGUUCGAGAAUGGGAUUUGCAGGAAACAAAAGCUUCCACUCAGGUAUUUGCUACGAGAGACUGAUGCCCAAGUGAAUUCUACAGUUUUAUUGAAGGUGGGAAUCAUAAGCCUUGAAGCAGACAACGGCACUGUUCCCUCUGAAUUAAAGCCACCCAAAGUCCUAAUCAAACGGAAAAAUAAGACGGUGCUAAUUCUUCUUUUAACUUUCAGUCUUGUUGCAUGUUCAUGUGCUUUGCUUACAAUCUCUGGUGUAUACAUUUAUAAAUUUCGAGUUCUAAGGUACAAAAGGCUGUUGGAACUUGGAAAUUUGGGCCUAACGGAAGAGCUUACGUUGACAUUGUUUUCAUACAAAGAACUAAAGAGAGCAACAAAUGGGUUUAAAGAAGAGUUGGGUAAAGGAUCCUUUGGAGCAGUCUACAAAGGGUCUUUAGACAGAGGAAGACAGUUGAUUGCUGUGAAGAGACUCGAGAAGUUAGUGGAAGAAGGUGAAAAAGAGUUCCAAGCAGAAAUGCGAGCAAUUGGUAGAGCUCACCACAAGAAUUUAGUUCGACUUUUGGGAUACUGUGUUGAGGAUUCCAAGAGACUAUUGGUGUAUGAGUACAUGGGCAAUGGCUCCCUUGCAGAUCUACUUUUCAAGUCAACAAAGCCCCCAGAUUGGGAUGAAAGAACAAGAAUAGCCCUGGAUGUUGCUAGAGGAAUCCUCUAUUUGCAUGAUGAGUGUGAGACUCCAAUCAUUCACUGUGAUAUAAAGCCGCAAAACAUAUUGAUGGAUGAUUUAUGGAGAGCUAAAAUUUCGGACUUUGGGCUGGCAAAACUGUUGAUGGGAGAUCAAACAAGGACCUUCACAGGCGUAAGGGGAACUAGAGGAUACAUGGCACCAGAGUGGCAGAAAAAUACUCCAAUAUCAGUGAAGGCUGACAUUUACAGUUACGGAGUUGUGCUGUUGGAGACUGUGUUUUGCCGACGGAACUUGGAAACCAAUGUAUCAAAACCAGAGGAGGUCAUUCUAUCAAGUAUGGUGUAUAGAUGUUUGGUUGAAAAGGAGUUGGAUAAGCUAAUGCUUGGUGAAGAAGUGGAUAAAAGAAGCUUGGAAAGAAUGGUGAUGGUGGCACUUUGGUGUAUUCAAGAUGAACCAGCUCUUCGUCCUUCCAUCAAGACUGUAGUAAUGAUGCUGGAAGGGAUCACUGAUAUAUGUAUUCCUCCAUGUCCAACUGCUUCCUUCAUCAAGUGAUGAUCCAACAAUCAAUCAUUUCACUCAAAAGUAUAUGUGUAUGUUGUCAAUAAAAUAUGUAAAAUGCUUCCUGUAGUGUCCUCCUAUAAUAGGCUUGGGUUAUGUACUGGUUUGUUAGUAUGAAUAUUCAGUUGCAUUAUUAUUACUCAAUCAUAUAUUAAUGAAAUGGUGAUUUUAAGUAUGAUCAUUAAA